AUGAGCGACAACGGAACAAAUUUUCGGGCGACAGGCCCGUUCAUUGAAUCGUGGACACCCGAAGAGCACGAGAAGUACCACAAGUACACGAUGGAAGAGAAAAUGGUAUGGCGGCACAUUCCAAACAAGCAAUCGGGACCGCGUUGUGAAGACUUCCGUACCUUGGUGGUUGAAGCUGAAGCGGUGGUGAACAGCAGGCCGAUCACGUACUUGACUGAAGAAGAUUGCGUGCUGCGUCCAAUCGAUUUCUUGAUGCCAAACUCAAAGACGCUUAUGAAGAGGGGG